AAAGCCCAGGAGACCGCUCGCACGCGUAUGUCCACGCCCAGUUCCCGACGAGCUCUUCAUCGUGGUUGGACCGGAGCGGACCAGGAGGCCGCUCGGAGCGAGAAGCGCCGGGACGGGGAGGACUUCACCAGCGCCGCGCCGAUUCGGGGCGACACCGACUAGCCGCCGACGAGGGCCCGGGCACAGCGGCAUGGCCAUGCGGCGGAUCAAGCGGGCGUUCUUCGCGGUGCUGGUGGUCUGUUUGGCCGGGAUCAUCGUUACAUUUCUCAUGCUAGAACUUGAGCUGUCCAGGAAGACACACGACCCGUGGACAGUAAUGCAACCGUUUAACAUCGAAAGCCACUGCACCACAGCAUCAGAGGCGUUGUUAGGAUCAACCAAUCAGAGACGGAGAAUUGUUUUCUUGAACCGUGCCGGUUACCUGGGAUACAACCUCAGCCGGGGAUUGGCUGAGCAGGGUGACCACGUGACCAUGGUCGGUGACGCAGACGACAGUUACCUGGCUGCCAUAGUGAGAAGACAUAGAAAUGAUUCAGACAGGAUCCCGGGUGGGAAAUUUUCACAUAUCACCGGCAAACUGUGCGACCAAGGUUUCCUGAAGCAUGUUUUCAGUUUGUACAUACCGACCUACGUGCUGGUUUCACACGUGGACGAAUGUGCAGCACCCGGUUCAAAUAAGGACAUAGUUAGGAGACUAAGUUGUGUAACUAACAUACUGGAAGCUGCCAGAAACUUCCAGGGCAUACGGGUCGUAACGCUGCGCAUAGAAGGCGCACGUCCAGAGGAGGAUGUUAUAUCUGUCAAAGAAGCCAAUACUGGUGCUGUCCCUGGUGCUGAACUAUCGGCACUUACACGUGCUGUACAGGAUGGACAGGAAAUGGCAUUCAAUAUCUACAGGAACGUCUUUGACUUGACUGUUACAACUGUAGCGUUGAAAGUGUUAAACGGUGAUAGCUACGGACUUUCUUCACUUGAAUAUCGUAGCAGCAACUACCACGGUCAGUCUGGGUCCUGUGGAACAGCAAACAUGGAUGAUGACAGUUCAAAAGAUCUGAGUGUUGAAGAAGAUACGAAGAGAGACGUGGUGGUAGAAAUUGUUCCAAAGCUGGCGGCGAUAUUGAGGAUAAGACACUUGUGCUUCAAUUACAGGAUACUUGUAGAUCUCUCUGGAAGACGGGGCAGACAAGGCAGAGGGGAAGUGGAAGUGGCUCAAGGCGACAGCGACGGAUACAUUAGGAAGAACAAAAUUGCAAUUCUCUCCACAAACAGGAUAAAAUCACUACGUGACGCGACGAACGGCGUCGUAGCUCAUAUGAAUGUCGCCGGAUCUGCUCGUAUCAGCAGCCAAACAAGUCAUGGUUGUGCAAAUAAGUCUUCUGGUGACGCCCUGCGGGGGUCUGUGCGUACCGGGGAAAGAGACACCAAUAAGCUACAACUAGAUAAUGUCAGAAACGAGAUACAACAAACAGGAAGCCCCAAAGGGAAGAACGUCGAGUGUGCAGACAGAAAAGUUAACCUGGUGCUAUCCUGUCAGUGUAAAAAUUACCCAGUGGAAGAAAAGAGAUGGACUUCGGCCUCAAACACGACGUGCAAGGGCUAA